AUGUCGUGUGGUGUCGUGCAAUGGUUAUCUGUCAGAUUGUUCUCUGUUAUUCGACCGAAAGGGAGCACUCCUUUGCCAAGUGGUGUUAUAAUAGCGUUAUUUGUUAGCAUGGUAAGGUAGAGGAUAAUAUAUUGCCAGGAUAACUUAUGGAACACCCAGAUUUCUACUGAUAAAGCGUAUGCCAUAAUUUGCAACAUUUUGUAUAUGUUUGACAGCGCUUAACGUUGCAAAUUAUGGCAUACGCCGUGUGCAUCUUUUCUUGAACGCCCCAAUAUAUAUAUUGGGUGGUUGGUCUCGACAAGUACAUGUUCGUUAGAUACAGAGCUGCCAAGUUCAGAUGAUUAAAAACCUGGAGGUUGUUGGGGCCUGUAGUUCGUACCCCCUCCCCCCUGACAUAUGUGAUAAAUAUAGUGAUAUCUAUGUUAUUUAAUACAUACUGAUCAUAUAGCCAGACAGAGAAUUCCUGCAAUUGCCAAUAAAUUUCUUAUAAUGUUUUAUAGUUUGGACAUGCAAUUGCAAUGCAAAUGUUGUUUGCUUUCCUGCCUGAUAUGGUGAAGGUAAUUACCCAAUACAUAUGUGCUGGUGGUUUUCUGAUGGUUUUUUGUUUUCCUGGCUUAGUUUCACGUGUUAAUAUGUUUUAGAGUUUCGGAAUUACUGAUGAAGAUGCAGGUUAGCAGUUUUAAUAUACUUUAACUUAAUACAAUUAAUUAAAGCCUAACGUCCCAAUCAUGAGAACGAGGCUCAGGGGCGCCGGAAUAUCAAUAAUUGCGGGGGCAGAUAUUCAUAUAUUCGUGAACUUCACAGACUGUAAAAACAAUCGAUUUCAAAAGAAAUUAAUUGGGCAGAACACGAAUAUAUGAAUAUCUGCCCCCCCAAUUAUCGAUAUUCCGGCGCCCCUGACGAGGCUAUAUAUAGCCAAGGUGAUCUAGCUGUACUUUCCGGAACCGUGUAUUAAGUUAUUCCAAUUAAAUUUAUGCAUGAUCUAGCUAUAGCAUACUGUUUAAUAAUUGAUACAUAAUUCUUUAUUUUAAGGCUAUUAUGUGGGAAUGCUAGCAUCUGCAGUAUAUUUAGGCAGAUUUAUUUUGAGGUACAGUGUAAUUAUUUAAUUGUGCUUGUUAACCCAUUGAGUGGCACUCUCCCCCUGACGAGCAAAAUCUAGCAUAUUAUAGACAAAGUAAAAUGAUAAAGUAGGGCGCAUCUGGGCAUAUUGCCGUUGGACUGUCUCCUUAUGGAACAAACUUCCAGAGAAUAUAAAAACGUCUUUUACAAAAUCAUACAUAGCAGCAUUUAACCUUCGAUGAUUUUUAAAUCCAUAUCAGUAAUUGAUUAGUUAGAAUUUCAUGUCAGUAUGAUGUAUGAUGUUAAUUGGCUCUGAAAAGCCCCAUUGGGGAGAGUUCAAUAAAUUAUUGUAUUGUAUGGGUAGGUAGUGUGUGUGUGUGGGAGUGCUUUAUGCUGAGCUCUAGGUGAAUUUUAAUUGGUUAAUUUUGGUUCAUGAUUUUUUUCUGUGUUGGUGUUAUGUACUCAGGUGAAUAUGAUAUGUUUGUGGUGUUACUCUGAGUGUAAGAGCAUUGGGCUAGUACUCCAAAGGUUGUAGGUUCAAUUCCCACCGUGGGCAGGCAUAUUUUUCAAGCUUGCCCGGUGUGGAUAUAACACUCAGAGUAACACCACAAACAUAAUUUUGGUUCCUUCUUCCAGCUACUUCUGGGGCUGGCUUUCAGAUAAAGUUGGCAGACGACAAGUUUUGUUAUGGUGUACUUCCAUGCUGGGUGUCGCAACCAUAGCAUUUGGUUUUGCAAAAUCAUUCGAAGUUGCUCUUGUUAUUAGAUUUAUUACUGGCUUGCUUGCAGGUGUGUAAGUUACAAUGGAUGAAUUUAUAAAGUCUGACUGUGGCACUGUGCUUUUCUAAUUUUAACAAGUUCCAAUUUUAUAGGCAUACCUGGAACAGUCAAGGCGUCUUUGGCAGAAGUGUGUAAUGAUUCAAACCAGGUUAGAUUACUCUUGUUUUGUUUGAAAGUAUCCUUGUUAGUAUUUUUAUGCAAAAUUCAUUGGCCCGUUAAGCUGAAAUGCUCCAAAAUAUGCACCAAAUAUAUUAUUUCAUUCUGUGAUUCUGUCUAAUGCCAGACAAUUUUACUUGUCAAGGGGAGAGUCUCAUGCUAUAAUGGGUUAGCGAGGCAAUCUGCCACUCUAUUUUGAUAGCCCAAUAAAGGUGCAAUGCACACAAAUGCACCAGACUUUAUCAUUUCACUCUGUCUAAUGCCAGAUGAUUUUACUUGUCAAAGGGAGCUCCUAGUCUUGCACUUUAAUGGUACUUAAUGAAUUAGAUAAAUUUUUCCAACUUUCUAAGCAUCAGUACUUGCCAUUUUCCCUACAGGCAUUAGGAAUGUCAGUGGUGGUGACUGCGUGGAAUACUGGUCUCAUCAUUGGUCCUGCUAUAGGAGGUAAGCUUAUAACCGUAAGUAUUCCCAUCCAAAUAAGUUUUGAUAACUCUCACUGUUACAAAUUUCAACAUUUAACAAGAGGAGACUCAAGUGAACGCAGUCAACAACUAAAUGAUUCAUUAAAUAUAAAUAAUACACUCCCUUACAAAAAAAGUCUAUAGGCCUGGCCUAUAGGCCAACCUAUAGGUUCCUAUAGGAAACCUAUAGGUUUUUAUAGGCAAUUGGAACAUUUUCUAUAGGUGACCUAUAGGGAUGUCUAUAAUCCUAUAGAGCUCUAUAGAUGCCUAAAGGCUUCUAUAGGGAAUUGGAACAUUUUCUAUAGGCACCUAUAGGCCACCUAUAGACUUUUUUCGUAAGGGCUAAAAUCCACAUAAUCCUUCAACGAACUUCUAUAUGCUUAAGUCAUCAAUGAGGAAAGACUGAUGGCAAACUGAUAGUAUUCAAAAGCUAUCAGGAGACCGUAAAGGUGUUUAACAUUUUCCUAAUGCUUAAAAUUUUCUUAGUAUCCAGUCGGAAUAUAUGUCAUUCAUAGUUUGGUAUCCAAAACCAAAUUUUUGAUGUCCUGUGGACCUAAUGCUAAAUUUGUCUCAUUUGUGUUCCAUAACAACUUAUUUCUGCAUUCUGGUUAAGCGUAAUUGUCUGGUCGGUCUUUCCAUGGGAGCCAUGUCCUGUUGAUGACCGUCCUCUCUUUACUACUAGGUUACCUUGCAAAUCCAGUUGAAAAAUAUUCUGUAUUUAAAGAGAGUAAGUAAAAUUGUUUAUUAUAAGUAUUGGUUUACGGCAAACUUAGAAUAAGUCAUAUUUAGGCCAUGUUUACACUAAUUGAGCCUUAAUUAGCUUGUUCCAAGUCAAGGCCAGGCCAAUUAAUUAACUAUAAAGGCAAUUAAUUGCAAUAUAUACAUUUCCAUUGUUUACAAAAUUGCCACAAGGUUUGGCUUAGGCCAACUAUAGCCACCGAUUGCAGAAGGCCCAGACUUUCUAGCCUAGCUCAAGCCUAGACUAGGCCAAAGUUUUGUUACAAGUUACCAAAAUGUAGACCAAAGGAAUUAAGGUUCAGGCCAGGCCAAUGCCAAUCGACCUAUUCCCUAAUGAACACAAUUUUAAUCUAGACAAAUCUGAACAAAAAUUUCAUCACAGCUUGAAAGAGCAUCACAAAAUUAGUAAUAUUCCGAAGUUUCGUUGCGAAAUGUUGUAAAAUGUGGAUAAUAUAGCCUUGCGAAGUUUGCCGUUUUUCAGUCAUUUUGUAUUGCGCAUGCGAAAUUGAUACCUUUUUUCAGAAGGCGGUAUCAAUUUCCCGUGCGUAAUACAAAAUGACUGAAAAACGGCAAACUUCGCAGGGCUAUAUUAUCCGCAUUUUACAAUAUGUCGCAACGAAACUUCGGAAUAUUACCAAUUUUGUGAAUUGUGAUGCUCUUUCAAGCUGUGAUGAAAUUUCUGUCUAGACUUGUCUAGAUCAAAAUUUUGUUCAUUAGGGAAUAGGUCCAUUAUAUUAAUGUUCAAUGAGUAUGAACAUGCACUGCUAUGCAAUAUACGUAUAUCCUAACUCAAUUGCUAUUCAGCUAUAGUAAAAUGUUUCAUCUUCCUCCAAUAAAAAGUGGCACAAGUUAAAAAUGAUUGAAUUGCUGGUUUUCGUAAUUGAAGCAAUAUUACAAAACCAUUAGUCAUUACACUGUGCCAACACUGAACUGCUGCAGUUGAAAGUUUAUAAUUUUCCCUGCAAUCUAUUUUCAGGUUCUUUUUUUGAAAACUUUGCCUACCUAUUUCCAUGUCUGGUGAAUGCAGCAAUUUGCUUCUUCAGUUUCCUCCUGGUAUUUUUUAUCUUCCCUGAAACGUUAGCUUCCAAACGGUACUGUGCGCGCCUCACAUUUACAAGUCAAGGAUUCGAUUCAAUAUACAGAUUACAGUUGUCUGAUUAUAAUUUCACCUCAGCAGGAUGUGAGAAGAGUUCUUCCAGUUUGAUUCCAGGCCAAAGGCUACUUAAAACUGAUAGAGCUAUCCAGUAUAAAUAAGAUUAGUUUAGUUUAGGUUUCCUCGCCUGUAGUAUUAUACUGGAUCAAUAAGAGAUGAUCCUUACUGCACCUCUAUAUAGGAAGAACAAUUUAGAACUGGCAGAGCUAUCCAGUAUAAAUAAGAUUAGUUUAGUUUAGGUUUCCUCCUGUAGUAAAGUUAGUAACACUGGAUCAAUAAGAGAUGAUCCUUACUGGACCUCUAGGAAGAACAAUUUAGAACUGAUAGAGCUAUCCAGUAUAAAUAAGAUUAGUUUAGUUUAGGUUUCCUCCUGUAGUAACACUGGAUCAAUAAGAGAUGAUCCUUACUGGACCUCUAGGAAGAACAAUUUAGAAUUGAUAGAGCUAUCCAGUAUAAAUAAAGUAAGUUAGUUUAGGUUUCCUCCUGUAAUAACACUGGAUCAAUAAGCCCUUACUGGACCUCUAGGAAGAACAAUCUAGAACUGAUAGAGUUAUUCAGUGUAAAUAAAGUUAGAUUAAUAAAUUUAAUUGAGCAGUGAGAAAGAAUUUGUUUAUUUCACAAUCUUUUUCUUCUUUUAAAAGAAAGACGAAAGAUAAAGAAAUACCAGUAUCGAUUCUUAACCCAGAAACCGAAAUUCGCAAAACUUCUCAGGCUUCUUCAAACAGACAACGGGCAACGCCGAAAACAAGUCAGAAUCAUUUACCAGACGGCUGUCAGUCAGGACAAGAAGGCGAAGACGCCACCAUCCAAAACUCAAUCUCAAAAACUGAAGAAAUGUUGCUACUGUCUGGCUCUGUGUCCUUCUUACCUGAAAUACAUCUACAAAGCUAUGCUGCAUCGAUGGAAAAAAAUGAUGAUGCGAAAGAGGAGCCAUAUGUGCCUACCGUGGGAAAAGCUAAGCCUGGAGUAUUAAGGAAAACUUAUAAAUCAAUGAAACAAAGUAAACUGGCAAAACUUUGUAGGUAUGGGUCAUUAUAAAGAUUAUUAGAAAAUUCUUAAACGUGGUGGUCCGCUGUAGGUAGUAUUCUACAAUAAGCUGGCGUGAUUUGUAUCUGAACUACCUGAAGAAGAUAUCUCAAACGUUGUGGUCCAGUGUAAGUAGGAUUCUACAAUAAGCUGUCGUGGUUUGUGUCUGAACUACCUGAAAAAGAUAUCUCAAACGUGGUGGUCCAGUGUAGGUAGUAUUCUACAAUAAGCUGGCGUGAUUUGUGUCUGAACUACCUGAAAAAGAUAUCUCAAACGUGGUGGUCCAUUGUAAGUAGGAUUCUUCAAUAAGCUGUUGUGAUUUGUGUCUGAACUACCUGAAAAAUAUAUCUCAAACGUUAUAGUUAAAAACUUCUGGUACCAGAUAGACUCAUUAUUGGGUUUGGUUUUCUUACAGAAACAAAGACGUGAGAUAUUGUGUUGGUGUAUAUACUGUAUUUUCUUUUGCUGUGGUAGCUGAAAAUGAAAUGUACAGUUUGUGGGCGGCAACUGGAAAAGAGUUUGGUGAGAUUCGCCCUCUUAGUCUUACCAUUAUUGGUUGUUAUAGAUUUUCCAUAUUAUGGUACCUUUAUUUAGUAAAAACCAAUUAACCAUGAUUAUUUAUUGAGCGUUCUCUGACUUAAUAUUUAUUUCUACGAGCUUUCGGCUAUCAGUCUAUAGCCUUCGACGGGUGUAUACAAAUGAUUCUAUAAAGGACGCUAAAAUUAAGUAGGUGGUAUGAAAUCUGAGACUAUCUAUGCUAUGUUACAAAUGGGUAAUAUGAAUAUUUAACUUCAUAUUACCCAUUUGUAACAUAGCAUAGAUAGUCUCAGAUUUCAUACCACCUACUUAAUUUCAGCGUCCUUUAUAGAAUCAUUUGUAUACACCCGUCGAAGGCUAUAGACUGAUAGCCGAAAGCUCGUAGAAAUAAAUAUUAAGUCAGAGAACGCUCAAUAAAUAAUGUUUCAACCUGGCUACGCGUCUUCUAUUUUUUCAAGAACCAUGAUGUUCAAUCAAUACUUACCAGGAAAAUACCAUUAAUCGUUUUUACCAAAUAAGAAUUUACCAUAUGGGAAAUCUAUAGUAACCAAUAGUGGUUUUAAGAGUUCAGUUUUUACAUUGAUAGAAAACAUGGUAAAUCUUUAAAAACUAUUCAAAAAUGCAUUAAUGGAAAUUUAAAUUUCCCAAUGACGCAAAAUAUUUGCUAUUUAUGUGAAGUGGGGAUUUUUUUGGAACUAAAAACUCUUGCGUAAUCUUUAUACUUCAAGCAUAAUCGUUCGAAAGAAGCAAAUUGUGUGUUGCUGUGGUAACAAUGUGGCUGAAGCGACAGCAGUCGACACAGAUCAAAUUUUGGACUAAAACUGUUCAUAUGCUAGCAACCUAAUACCCCCCCCAUUAUUUUGCGAAAUGUCCACGUCUAGAAUCAAAGCCCGUCCAGAGUUCAGUGAAUGGUUGCACUAAACAGUGUUUCGCUCCACAGGUGGCCUUGAUUUCAGCACAGAUGAUCUUGGAUUUACUUUGAUGAUCGUAGGGAUUGGCUGUGCUAUUUCCAACUGUAUUGUUUUUCCACAGGUAAUAUUAACGUUUUUGUGGUUAGAGCACGAUCAUAAAAUAAUCUGGGGAAAAUUGACCUUUGCGUAACUUAACUUUGCAUAACAAAAUAUUGCUAUCCAGUCAUGAUCCAAUAAUUGGAAUGUUCCAUUGUCUCUUCAUUGUUUUGAAAAUCCCACUGUUUUCCAUGCCGUCCAGUGAUUCAGUGAUUGGAAUGUUCCAUUGUCUUUUCAUUGUUUUGAAAUGUCACUGUGCUCCAUGCCAUCCAGUUACUCGUAGUUUAGGUAUAUUUGUGUAUAUUUGCUUGUGAGUUGAAAUUGUAUGUCAAGGGGUUUAUAUAAUUAUGACUAAAUUUUUUUAUAGAUGGUGAAAACUUUUGGACUUAUGAAGGUAUACAGUUAAUAGUUUUAACAUCAAAGUAAAUUCUUUCCGGGUUGGGUUAUAAGACAAGCACACAUAUGUGAAUUGAAUACUGACACAAACGAUUUUCUACUUCCAGACUCAGUUUAUAACGUUGAUUGGGAUGGUGUUCUUCACAACCGUACUCCCCGCAACAAAUAGUCUAUAUGGCAGGUAGGUGGAAAUCAAGUAAACCUUAUCUGUUGAUGGAUUGCUCUAUCAGUUCUAAACUGUUCUCCCUAGAGGUUCAGUAAGAAAACUUUCAAUCAGCAUCUUAUAAUUUUGUCUGUAUUGUUUCCAUUUAGAGAGGUAAUUUUGAAGGCUGUAGUCAUCGUUGUUGUGUUAAUAAUCAGAGUUUUUCAGGGAUGUUGCUUUACUGGACAGUUUAUUAUGAUCGGUAAUAGCGUGACAUCGGAAUUAAGAGCGACUGCUCACGGUUUUUCUACGAGUGCAGUUUGUGCUGCUAGGUUAGUAUGGAAGAGUAUCUGUUCUAAACUGUUCUCCCUAGAGGUCCAGUAAGGGUCAUCUCUUAUUGAUUCAGCAUUUCUACAGGAGAAAAUCUAAACUAAACUAACUGUAUUUUUCUGGAUAGCCCUAUCAGUUCUAAACUGUUCUUCUUAGAGGUCCAGUAAGGAUCAUCUCUUAUUGAUCCAGUGUUACUACAGGAGAAAACUAAACUAAACUAACUUUAUUUAUACUGGAUAGUUCUGUCAGUUCUUAGUCUAUCAGUUCUAAACUGUUCUUCCUAGAGGUCCAGUGAGGAUCAUCUCUUAUUGAUCCAGUGUUACUACAGGAGGAAACCUAAACUAAACUAACUUUAUUUAUACUGGAUAGCUCUAUCAGUUCUAAACUGUUCUCUCUAGAGGUCCAGUAUAAGAGUCAUCUCUUAUUGAUCCAGUGUUACUACAGGAGAAAAACUAAUCUAAACUAACUUUAUUUAAAUUAUUUAUGCUGGAUAAAACACAAUAGAAUAGACACUCCGAAAAUUGUAAACAUUUUCGGAGUGUCUAUUGUUUUGCGUUUUACUAAAAUACUCUAUAAUAAUCUCUAAUUUUUAUGCUGGAUUAGAUAUCUCUAUCAGUUGUAAACUGUUCUCCCUAGAGGUCCAGUUAGGGCCAUCCCUACUAUUGGGCCAGUAGUAGCUCCUAGAAACCAGAUGCGUCAAUAUAUUGUAUUAAUUCUCCUUUUCCAGAACUGUUGCUCCAACCGUAGCGGGCAGUAUGUUCUCAUGGUCCAUCACAUCUGGUUUAGGGUUCCCAUUCAACGAAAAAUUCGUAUUUAUAUUUAUUGGAUUUGUAACCUGGCUUGCGUUGGUCGUUGCCUGUUGCUUAGACGAGGAAGCUGUUACUAAACGGACUACGAACUGA